AUGGCUCUAGUAGACACCAAGGGCAGUGCAUCAAAAAGAGCCACCCACAGCCGCCACAGCUCAUCCGACAGCGACGACUACUCAUCACUAGUCGGCGAAUCUGAUGCCGCUGCCCCAGACCACCACAAUGCACCACUAAUAUCCACAUACAACGACCGCAUCCGCCCCUUACUCAACUGCAUUGACAAGCUCCGCCAGCUCAAAGUCAUGCAAGAAGGCAUCCAACUCCCCACAAUUGUCGUCGUAGGCGACCAGUCUUCUGGUAAAUCAAGCGUCCUCGAAUCACUGGCCCAAAUCAGCCUCCCGCGGGCUCAAGGCAUUUGCACCCGCGUCCCACUCAUCAUGCGGCUUCAGCACCACCAAGACCCACACCCACAACUUCACCUGGAGUACCAUGAUAAGACGGUUGUUACCGAUGAAAGUCGGAUUGAAGAGGAUAUUAUUUCUGCUACUGAUGAGAUUGCAGGAAUGGGUAAGGGGAUAUCUCACACUCCCCUAACUUUGGUUGUGAAAAAGAAAGGUGUUCCGGACCUCACAAUGGUUGAUCUCCCCGGAAUCACUAGAGUUCCGGUACACGGUCAACCAGAGGACAUAUAUGAGCAGAUAGCUGCGAUUAUCAACGAGUACAUAACACCCGAAGAAAGCAUCAUUUUAAAUGUUCUUUCUGCUUCAGUUGAUUUUUCGACAUGUGAGUCCAUUCGGAUGUCACAACGUGUUGAUGUAACCGGGCAAAGAACGCUAGCGGUUGUAACAAAAGCGGAUAAAAACCCUGAAGGUUUGCUAGAGAAGGUGACUGCUGAUGAUGUGCACAUUGGUCUUGGUUACAUUUGUGUGAGGAAUAGAGUUGGUAAAGAAAGCUAUGAGGAAGCUAGAGUUAAAGAAGCCAAGUUGUUUCAAUCGCACCCGCUUCUUCGGUUGGUUGAUAAAUCAAUGGUUGGGAUACCGGUUUUGGCUGAUAAGUUGGUUGAGAUUCAAUCAAUGAUCAUAUCCAAGUGUCUUCCUGACAUUGUGAAGAAGAUCAAUGAUAAGCUCACCGGUUAUGUUGGUGAACUUAACAAGUUACCGCGAAAGAUGACAUCUGUUGCCGAAGCAAUGACAGUUUUCAUGAGAAUCAACGGUUUGGUUAAAGAGUCAUUGAGGAAGAUUUUUAUCCGAGGCGAGUUUGAAGAGUACCCAGAUGUUAAAUCCAUGCACUGCACCGCUCGGCUAUCAGAAAUGUUGAAUGAUUAUUCUGUCAAGCUGCAGCUGACCGCUGAAGGCGAACAAAAGGGGCUCUUUCUUGUUGAAGAAAUUAGGGUUUUGGAGGAAGCAAAAGCGAUCGCGUUACCCAACUUCUUGCCUCGAACCGCUUUUCUAACGGUUCUUAACAAGAAGGUGAAUGGGAUAUCCGGUAUGCCAGUUGAGUUUGUUGGAAACUUGUGGCGGUACAUAGAAGAGGUUGUGCUUAGUGUGUUGAUGCGUCAUUCGGAUAAUUUUCCUCCACUUCAAGCUUCAAUGAGACGAGCUGGUCACAAUUUGAUUGCGAAAAUGAAAGAUGUUUCGCUCACACGAGUGAUGGAAAUGGUGGAAAUGGAAACUAUAACUGAUUACACUUGUAAUCCGGAAUAUAAUGUGAUAUGGAACAAGCUCAUGCAACAUCAACCAGCUUUCAUGGAGGCUGUAACUGAUCAUUCUAAACCGGUUGUGAUUGGGUUCGAGUGGUUUAAUGUGGAUAUCGCGCAUCUGAGAAGCUAUGAUCAUGAUGUUGUAAAACAAGCGUUUGAUAUGAAGAUGAGGAUGGCAGCUUAUUGGAAGAUUGUCUUGAGAAGGAUGGUGGACUGCAUGGCUUUGCAUAUGCUUUUUAGUAUACAAAAUCUAGUUAACAAGGAUAUGGAGAGUGAGAUUGUUAACGAGAUGAUGGUUCCUCAUGGUGGCGGGAUUGAGCGGAUGCUGGAGGAGUCUCCGGUGGUGGCCGGAAAGCGGGAGAAGCUGAACCGGAGUGUUAAGUUGCUAAGGGAGUCAAAGGAUAGUGUGACUACCAUGAUGGAUCAGGUAGCUACAUAUGGGGAUUAGGUGGUUUUGAACAUUUGAUAUGGUUUUUGUUU